AUGAGCGAAUCAACACAGCCCGGUCGUUCAUCGUCCAUACACUCGAUGCUGUCUGUCUCGACUCAUCCAUUAUCCCGAUUCAACUCGUCGGCAGUGCAACCCAUACUUGAUGAUUUAAAGCUAAGUAACAUACUCAACGGCGAGACAUGUCCGCCUAUAUCGUUCAUCGACUUUGCAUCAUUCGUGGCCAACAAGGAAUUCACGACUGAAAACCUAUUGUUCAUUCUUUGGUUCAGGAGCUAUAGGGAAAGAUUCGACAAAUUAGAGCAGAAAGUGAAAGAGACAAUACCUAUCCCAAGUACUAGAUUAGGAGAUAGGUAUGAUCCUUAUGGUUAUAUUGAUCGUCCCAUGCCACAGCAUGAUCCGUCAGAGCCCGAACAAGAUACCCCAGUCGUGUUCAGCGAACCUUUUAGGAGUAGGGAUGGUGGAUCUAAACCUUGUUUCUGCCAUACAGAAAAUAUAAAUCAUAAAACAUGUCGCCAAUUUUCAUCCUGCCAUUGUGCUGAAACUAAAGUAGUGACCGCUCGACGUGCGAGUAGACUACUUUCCAUCACACAUUCCCUGAUAGGCUCAAGACGGCCAUCGACAAUAUCACAUCCAAACGAGUCAAAUGCGUUAACCUCGAUACUACACCAAGCUACCCAUCCUCCAUUACCUCCGCCAGGUACAGUACUUGCUGAACCUGCACAACAGCCAAUGAGAGACGAAGCGCAUAGAGGAUUCGCAACAUUUCUGAGGAAAGGGGGAAGUAAAGAGCUGGGUAUCAGUGAUGAAUUGAGAGAGUAUACUAGGGUUUGCUUGGCCAGGAGUACAGCCCCUGAAGUGUUCUUGCCGUUGUACGAGGAAAUAUACCAUGUUGUUGAAACGCAAAGUCUUCCCCAUUUUCUCGCCAACGCAAAGAGCAAUAUCAACCGGCCAAAGCAGGUGUUUUGGUAUGCGGUCGGUGCAGCCGAUUUUGGACUUGGCGCCGUCAUUUACAUUCUUCUCACGUUGCUUCUCCCCGACCACCCAUUCAAACACCGAGCAUGGCGGCUCUUCUCUAUUGUUUUCGCAACUUUUGGUGCCAUGCAAUUCUAUUCGGCUUAUCGAGGGUUCUGUACUCAAGUUUGGGGUCGAUCACAUCGACAGGUGAGACCCUGGGAGAUGGAUGAAUUAGAUGACGAGGAGACUUUGGUUGAAAGUAGAGGGGCCUCAGAACUGAAAGAAGAAUCUUUCAUGCCAGAACCUACACAGUCUAUCAGUCGAAGAGAGAUGGACAUUCAUCUGCCUGAUGGAGUGCAGCCUCUGGCUGAUCUAGGAGGCGCUGCAAGUAUACCGUCAGACGCAGGGGAAGAUGAUCUCAUAAAAGAAGGCGGCUCGCCUGCGUCAUCGAAACAGGACUCGGUAACUGUCGCUCUUCCAGUCCUCGACGGAUCAGAGGUGUCGGACGCGGAAAGACGGCGACUGGAAGUUCGUCGUUCAACAAUCAAAGCACCAAGCCCAAAUGAAGCUUUCCCCAUAUCAGAUGACAUGGCACCACCUACGAUAUCGUUCUCAGAUACUGAUAAUCGACAUCGAAGAGAGAUAUCACCGUUUAUCAAUGAUGAAGCUGUUUUCCCUUCGUCAGCGUCAUCAACUCGCGGGUCGAUCAACGUUUCUGGAGCUUCUUCUGGAGUACCAUUAACGAGAUCAAAAUCAAGAUUACAUUCUAUAGCAAGUCAACGAGCAAACAAAGAGAUUUCAGCCUUGUUAUCCAAAUUACUCAAAGCACCUAUAUCGACAGAAGAUGAUGAUCUGGCAGAUCCAUUAUCGACUUCGUUCAAAUCAAAUGGAUUGAGGAAACGUAUAACUAAACACAAAGACAAGCCAAAGAGACCGAAGGUGUUUGGACCUGAGAAAUUAGUUGAAGAUCCAAGAGUGAAAAAGGUUUAUCGUGAUAUCAAAAGAGAUAUUCUCAUUCUCGGUGGGAUUGUGGCGUCUAUUUGGAUAGUAUUAUGUUUAGCUGUUCCGUGUGCUGGCUUAGCAUCAUAA